AUUCUUUCUCUGUUUCACUGUGAGCAGACAAAAAAGAAACGGACCCAUUGUCUUUAUUAUCGAUGUGAUCAAACGAUUGAUACGAAUUUCCUUUCCCCUUUUCUUUGUGAUCAUGUGCUUGUAUCUGCUUCCACGUUUCGUCAUUGGGCCCGACUCCAAAGCAGGCUUUCAGAAGCUAUUUGACGAAGUCAAUUACCACUGGUGGCACAUGCUCUUGCAGAUCAGAAACUUCUAUGAGAACACUAUUUGGGAUGUGCUCCUUCACACAUGGUACCUGUCGGCAGAUUUCCAGCUCUAUCUUUUGGCUCUUCUGACGCUGCUCGUACUGAAAGGCAAAAAGAUGGCGCUUCUUGCCGCGUUCACCGUGUACUCCUUGAUUGGCUGUGCCUUCGGCACAUGGGUCGUGGCUCGCGAGCACCUCCUGCCGUUCAUGAUCUUUCCAGGUCCUGUCGUGCCUUUGCUGACGAGAACAUUGAAUGAGUUCUACAUCCGGCCAUACUAUCACGCAGUGUGCUACUUUAGCGGCUGUAUUACGUUCCUGUUGAUGGUCGACUUCAGAAAGGCAAAUGUCACUAAGGGCAUGCAGCUAGCAGGCUGGUGCGUGUCCGUGAGCUGCGGCUUGAUCUCGGUUUUCGCGAAGUUGCCCUGGUACAGAAGCCCGAAUCCCGUGUCUGAGACGGUUACACUCUUUGUGGCCUUCUUCGAUCGCAUGCUGUGGUCCGUCUUCAUUAUCUGGAUCGCACUGUCCUGCUCUUCUGGCCGAGGCGGCUUCGUCGGCAAGUUCUUGUCCUGGAACGCUUUCGUGCCCUUGAGCAAGCUAUCCUUCGGCGUCUACCUGAUUCACCUGCCGUUCAUCCAGUUCAUGCUCCACGCGUCCAAGGAAAGAGUGUACUGGUCCAUGUUUAACUUGGUUACACUGUGGUUUGGUGUGCUGGUCUGGAGCUUCCUGCUAUCUUAUCUAGCAUUCCUCGCUUGCGAGGGACCGACAACGAAGCUGAAUAGCCUCAUAUUUGGCAGAAUCAUCGGAGGAGGAGGUGCUCGAAAAGAGAAGCAAGCGGUACAGUCCACUCCAUGCGUUGAUAGUCAACAAUGAAGACUGGACGUUUAAUACGAAGCUCAAACGCACCCAUGUAAACGCGAAGAGUAUCAUGUCCAUCAACUUUCUGCUGCAGUGCCGCAGAUUUUUUCUUGCAGAGGCAUUCUCCUGGGGGAAACGAAACUGCCGAAACAAAUCUUGAUAAGCGUUCACUGGCAUUAUUAACAUGUUGCGCUUUACGGUUUCAUUAGCAUUCAGUUAGGCUGUCUCAGUCCUCUUAGCGUUAUAUCCGAGCCUAAGAGGCGAUCCA